AUGGAACAAAGGAUACACGCAUCAUGGCGAUUAAAGCUUGCAUUUGUGACAUUAUCUCUCCUACUUUGGAAACAGAGCCAGGCACAGAUUAGAUAUUCCGUUCUUGAGGAGCAGAAAGACGGAACUGUUGUUGGAAAUAUAGCAAAGGAUUUGGGUUUUGAUCAAAAGGUUUUGAAGGAGAGAGGAUUUCGUGUCGUAUCAACAACGGGAAAAUUUCCGUUUAAGCUAAAUCAGAAUGAUGGUGUCUUAUAUAUUAACGAAAAAAUAGACCGGGAGGAGGUAUGUGAAAAAGUCAUGUCGUGCUUAAUUAAUUUAGAAAUCGCUCUUGACAAUCCUAUGGAAAUUCAUUACGUUGCGAUUGAAAUAGUGGACAUAAACGAUCAUGCGCCAGUAUUCAACGAGAAAGAAAAGCGUCUGGAAAUAGGGGAAAGCGCAGUACCUGGUAUACGCAUUCAGCUACAAGCUGCACGCGAUCCAGACAGUGGUAUAAAUUCAGUGCAAACAUAUAAACUUAGUCAUAAUGAACAUUUUCAAGUCGAGGUUAAAGACAGAGGAUCGGAUCGUAAGAUGCCUUUCCUUAUUUUACAGAAAUCACUAGACAGGGAAAUGAGUUCUUUUCAUAAGCUUAUUCUCACAGCCCUAGACGGUGGAAAACCACCAAAAACAGGGACUAUGGAAAUAAUUGUAGAUGUACUUGAUAUAAAUGACAACAGUCCAGUCUUUACAAAAGACUCUUAUUCGGCAAAAAUAAAUGAGAAUGCGCCGAUAGAUACAACGGUAAUACAGGUGAACGCAACUGACUCAGACGAUGGUUUAAAUGGCGAAGUGUUUUACAGUUUUGCUCAUGGUGUGGACGAUGAAAUGCGUGAACUUUUUUAUCUAGAUCCCAUAACGGGAGAGUUAAUUGUUAAAGGAAAAAUAGAUUUUGAGCAAAAGGACCAAUAUGAGAUUGAUAUUCAGGCAUCGGAUAAAGCAGCUGUACCUCUAAUAGCAGAUAAAAGCAUUUUAAUAAAGAUUAUUGAUUUAAAUGAUAAUGCCCCAGAAAUUAAAGUUAGGUCGUUUACCAGCACAGUACCAGAGGAUUCCAAGUUGGGAACUACAAUAGCACUGGUUAGUGUAAGUGAUUUAGACUUCGGUCUCAAUGGAAAAGUGUCCUGCGUUUUACCCGAAGAUCUGUAUUUUAAAUUAAUACAGUCAUCGAAGGAAAAUAUUUAUUCUUUAACAACUGCCGCAUUACUUGAUAGAGAGAAAAUAUCACAAUAUGAUAUAACAAUACUUGCCAAAGACGCAGGAAACCCGUCAUUGUCGUCUUUAAAAACAAUAACUGUCUUAGUAUCUGAUGUCAAUGAUAAUAGCCCAGAAUUUUCUCUUAGCUCAUACAGCUUUUAUGUUACUGAAAAUAACGUUCCAGGCAUGCCUAUGUUUUCUGUAUCUGCUUGUGAUCAUGAUUUGGGCGAAAAUGCUAUGAUCACUUAUCAAAUUUUGAGACACUCUGGUGAGGUAAACAAGUAUUUAUCAUUACUAAACAUAAACUCUGAAAGUGGAGACAUAUUUGCACUGACAAACUUUGACUUUGAGACACUGAAAAAAUUUCAGUUCCAUGUUGUUGCUACCGAUUCUGGAACUCCAUCGUUGAGCAGCAACGUCACAGUGAAAGUGUUUAUUCUGGAUCAGAACGACAAUGCUCCAGUGAUCUUAUAUCCAGUCAGUGCUAACGGCUCUGCUGAAGGUGUGGAGGAGAUUCCUCGUGAUGUGAACUCAGGGCAUUUGGUGACUAAAAUAAGAGCAUAUGACGCAGAUAUAGGAUACAAUGGCUGGUUAUUAUUUUCAAUGCAGGAAAUAAGUGACCACAGUCUUUUUGGUUUGGACCGAUAUACAGGACAAAUAAGGACCAUUCGUUCAUUUACAGAAACAGAUCCUGCUGAAUAUAAACUGGUUAUACUUGUUAAAGACAAUGGCAACGUCUCACUUUCUGCAACAUCAACUGUGAUUGUAAAAGUUGUGGAGCCCAAAGAAUCCCUUAAUUGGCCUACAAAUGUCAGAAGUACAACAAAAGACGAGGAGGAAAACAACAUUACUUUCUAUUUAACCGUUACCUUGGGUUUUGUUUCUGUGCUUUUUCUUAUAAGCAUUAUUGUGUUGAUAGUAAUGCAAUGCUCAAAAACCACAGACUAUUCAUCCAAGUAUGUAGAGGAUACAGCCUAUGAUGGGACAUUGUGCCACAGCAUCCAGUACAGAUCCGGAGAUAAACGCUAUAUGUUAGUUGGACCCAGAAUGAGUAUUGGGUCUACAGUAGUUUCAGGCAGUAAUGGAAAUACACUUGUGGUACAAGAUCACAGACGGCGAGCUUCUAAAGAGAUCGAGGCUGAAGAGAGAUACAACAUGGCACAGAGCAGAACACGCAGUAUAGUCGAAAGAGCUUUGGCCUACACAAAUUAUCAGGGGGGCUUAAGUGUUCACCAGAACGCAGCUGUGCCAUCAUUGUUGUAUGUGCUAUGCUGCACAACAUUGCAAUUUGUGCUGACAUAA